AAUUUGACUAAACAUCCUCUUUAAAAGUAAUUUCGCCGUGCCUCCUUUCGUCCUUCCCUUGUAAUCUCCUCUCACUCUCCCCUUCUCUUCCUUUUUACAAUACGCGUCUCUGGUUCCUAUAUAACAGUUUUUGUAGUUUCCUUGAUUCUAUAGGAUCUCUUCACUUUCUCGGCAACUAAUUUUAUUCUCUUACUGUUCACAAUUUUGAAAACAAAAACAAUGGGUCAAGUUUUAGGAUGUGUCCAAGUUGAUCAGUCGACUGUAGCAAUCAAAGAGACUUUUGGGAAGUUCGACGAUGUUCUCCAGCCAGGUUGUCACUGUAUGCCAUGGUGCUUAGGUAGUCAAGUUGCUGGUCACCUUUCAUUGCGUGUUCAGCAGCUCGAUGUUCGCUGCGAGACCAAAACGAAGGAUAAUGUGUUUGUCACCGUUGUUGCUUCCAUUCAAUACCGUGCCUUAGCUGAGAGUGCUCAAGAUGCAUUUUACAAGCUCAGCAACACUAGGAACCAGAUUCAAGCUUAUGUCUUUGAUGUGAUCCGAGCAAGUGUUCCGAAGCUGGACCUAGACUCAACCUUUGAGCAGAAGAACGACAUUGCCAAAACCGUUGAGAGUGAGCUUGAAAAGGCUAUGUCUCAUUACGGGUAUGAGAUAGUCCAGACGCUUAUUGUGGAUAUUGAGCCAGAUGUGCAUGUCAAGAAGGCGAUGAAUGAGAUCAAUGCCGCUUCGAGAAUGAGAGAGGCAGCGAGUGAGAAAGCUGAGGCAGAGAAGAUACUGCAGAUCAAGAGAGCCGAGGGAGAAGCUGAAUCGAAAUACCUUUCAGGUCUUGGUAUAGCACGUCAGAGACAAGCUAUUGUGGAUGGUCUGAGAAACAGUGUGCUUGCAUUUUCUGAGUCUGUUCCAGGGACUUCUUCCAAAGACGUCAUGGAUAUGGUUCUGGUGACUCAGUACUUUGACACACUUAAGGAUAUUGGAGCGUCUUCCAAGUCAAACGCGGUGUUCAUACCGCACGGUCCAGGCGCUGUUAAGGACAUUGCUUCACAGAUCAGGGAUGGUCUACUUCAGGGGAAAGCUGCUGAGUAAGAAGAUGUGGAAGUAUAAAACUUUCUUCAGGGUUUAGCUGUUGUGUUGUUACUUUGUUUUUAUAUCUUUGUCUUUUUGUUUUGUAAAGUCCUUGAAAUACUUUUUGAGUAUCUCACCAAUGGAAGUGUCUUAUAAGUCUGACGUUUUACUUGAAUCUCACUCAAUAAAGCUAUCUUCUUCAAUA